GCGACCACGUCACCGUGGUCGGGUCUGCCAGGCCCUCUACAUACCUCACCCCACCCUUUCCCUCCAGCUGAAGGCCCCAUAUCCUACCUCACACCCUCACACACCUAAGAAACCAUUCAUCCCAUUGGCGGAGCAUUCUGCGAGCCAGUACUGUUUUUUUGGUGAGAGACUAACUAUCACCAAGACCUGAUACUACACCGAACCUCUAUCAUCUGUGAUUUUAAAAUCCCUCUUUUGAGGGUUCUCCGGCUAGAAGGCGCCUUAUCUCACCUCAUGCGUGCCUUUCCGUAAGGCACGGAAAACGAGUGGGACCGAACUGCCUGGAGCUCUGCGCAAGCCAUGGUCUCGCGGCAUCCACGAAGUGCCGACUGUCUGCUAGACCGCCGCGACUUGCCAACCCAAGGGCGACCACAUCCAAAAUGGGCGCGGUGAUGCCCGUAGGCUUUUUCGAAAACACCAAAGAAAUCUACGCUGAAAUAGCGAGCUAUCCCGUAGUCCCCCCUGAGAAGAUUAGACAAUACUGGAAUGUUUACACAACUACAUUCCGAAGGUUGUUCGACCCUAGCGCAUUCCGCCUUGAAAACUUCUGGUGGCACGUCUGGGGAAGUGCCAGGUUACGAAACCUCAGUGGUCCAGAGCUUGCCAGGCUCUUCGAGGAGUUUUCGAACGGUCCGACAGUCGUUCCGUUACCUUCACCUGCCGACCGGUUCAAGCGGCCAAAGGCGCCUGGCCCAAGUCACAGAGCUGAAGGUCACGGCAACGAGUCGACCCCAUCCCUACGCGAUGCUUCAGACCAAGGAUCUGCCUCUUCGGGCGGAAAGAAGGGGUUGACACCUUCUUCCUCGAGGCCACCACCGCCGCACCCAAUUCUGAAGAAGUCGAGGGGGCCGUCGUCAUCGGGUCCUCGACCCACUGCACGAUUCGCCUCGCCGCCCGCUUCUGGUGAAGAAGCCGUACAUGAUGGCGAAGCCGUAUCAUCAAGCACGGCCUCGGUAACCACUUCGGAAAUGCCUCCCCCACCGCUGCCCUUGUCGGUAAAGCAGAGACAAAACACUGCUUCCGCGAGCUCUCCUCCUGCGUCGAACCUCACCGAGACGACAGGAAGGAAGCAACCCGCAGUCGCGCCCGCGGCAGACAUGCCACCUCCACCGGUUCCUCUCCCAGCGGGCGAGAAGCCUGCACCCACUCUCGGAAAGAAGGUUGUGGCGACCACUGCAGCAUCUAAGCGGCGGCCUGUUCUGAUCCGCAGACCAAGCUCACAAUCGUCCACAGGGUCAGAUUCGAAUCAGCGAGUGGUGGCGGGCCUGGGCACGGCUUCUAAGCGCUCAACAUCUAAGCGAUCAACUCCAAACCCCCCUCAGAUGUCUGGGCAGGGGUCAUCGUCAUCGCAAACCAGCGAUUCCGGCCUAAGCAUUAAAACUGCCGGAAAGCGCCGAGCAAAUCCAGGAGCCAUCAAGCGGUCCACUUCUCAGACUGUCACCGUUGAGGCCGGGGGGCAGUCCGACCAAGCUGAAACAGAGCAGCAAUCGCAUCCACCUAGCCCGCAACGGAGAUCAACAUGGGAUGUUAGGGAUAGCGUUGUAUACCAUGAGGCUGCCGAAGGCCGGCAAGAAACCUUCCAACAACGUUCAGCGGCCCCUCCCCGAGCCGCUCCUCCGCCAGUCGCGGGAUUCGUGGCAGACCAGGCAUUUGGGUAUGCAGCACCUCUCAUGGUUCGUUCACGUUCGAGCAAUUCAGACCGCCCACAUCGGGCUCGAGAGCCUGGCGUUGCACUUCUCCCGUCGCAGCCCACAAGUAGUGUGGCAAUGGUCACCGCAACCGCCCGAGGCCAGUUUGACUCGGAGAUGGUGACGUCAGAUCCCGCUGUUCCCGAGGCGAGGGACAUACCUGAUCGGGUCAUGCUCGGCUCACGACCGUCAUCUUCGAUGCUUGACCAGCAACUCAAGCCGACGCCUCCCAGUCCCGUGCCGGCGAUUCCCUUCGGACGGUCAAAGAGCGAGCUUACUCUGCUCUUGGCGCGCGGUGGCAAGCCUCGAAAGGGCGAAGACAAGUAGAUGCACAUCUCAGCCAUACUGAGGCGAUUUGCACCAUACGCAACAUACGGUAGGGCAGUCGGUGUUUUGAACACCCAACGCGUUUUGUAGGGAACUGGAGUCAUUCGGGCAGCAUUUUCGGGCAU